UUUCCUCAUGGAAUUCAAAUCACACCACAACUAUCCUUCCUUUCCAGUUUCCUGAACAACCCCACUUUCUUAUUCCCAUUGAAUUUGGUAAUUUGUGCCGUAAAGUUUAAACUUUCAGAAAGAAAAGAUGAUCAAACAUGUUCUUUUCCCUCUUCUUCUUCUCUUCCUUGGUUCUGGAUUGACACUCUCAGUCUCAGAGUCCCAACCUGCUUCUCUACUCCCUCACGCUGCUGAGUCCUUCAACAUCAGCUAUAUCCAGCUGAAGAACGCAGGGAGUUGUUCUUACAUGGUGUAUAUAUCAACUAGCUGUUCUUCUCCUAGGUAUACAAGGGAUCAGAUUAGUAUUGCUUUUGGGGAUGCUUAUGGGAACCAGAUAUAUGCUCCAAGACUAGAUGAUCCAAAUUCAGGCACAUUUGAGAGCUGUUCUUCAGAUACAUUUCAGAUAUACGGGCCAUGUGCAUAUCAGAUAUGUUAUGUGUACUUGUAUAGAUCUGGAUUUGAUGGUUGGAAGCCUGAAAGUGUGAAAAUCAAUGGUUAUAACGGCAGGCCUGUUACAUUCUACUAUAACACGUUCAUCCCCCGAGAUACAUGGUAUGGGUUUAAUUUGUGCAACGCUGCUGCUUCUUCACAUCAAGUAACUGUUCAGAAAUGGCUUAUAUGUAUAGUCCUAGGAGUUCUUCUUAGCUUUUGGUUGUAAGUUUAUACACUUCUGUAUUUCCUAUAUCUUGUAUCCAUGAAACUUGGUAGUUUGUACUUUGCUUAACAAGUAGAGGCACAAGAUGUGGAAAAACCCUUGGGCCAAGUUAGUUAGUUAUGUAGCUUUCUUUUGUGAAUUCUUUUCUGGUUUAUGAUCAGUUUAGUGUUUGAAGCUUAUGGAACAGAGAGAAGUGUUUGAGGUUGGUGUUGCAAAUUGAAGACUGGUAAAUAAUGGCUAUUGGUAUUUUUGCUGAACAA